AUCACAGGCUACCUGGUUGAUCCUGCCAGUAGCAUAUGCUUGUCUCAAAGAUUAAGCCAUGCAAGUCCAAGUACACACGGCCGGUACAGUGAAACUGCGAAUGGCUCAUUAAAUCAGUUAUGGUUCCUUUGAUCGCUCUAACGUUACUUGGAUAACUGUGGCAAUUCUAGAGCUAAUACAUGCCAACGAACGCUGACCUUCGGGGAUGCGUGCAUUUAUCAGACCCAAAACCCAGGCGGGGUGCUCUCCGGGGCGCCCCGGCCGCUUUGGUGACUCUAGAUAACCUCGAGCCGAUCGCUGGCCCUCGUGGCGGCGACGUCUCAUUCUAAUGUCUGCCCUAUCAACUUUCGAUGGUACUUUCUGUGCCUACCAUGGUGACCACGGGUAACGGGGAAUCAGGGUUCGAUUCCGGAGAGGGAGACUGAGAAACCAUGAUAUAGGGUUGACCCUACUUCAUCACAGGCUACCUGUAUGAUCCUGCCUAACAACCAUAUAUGCUUGUCUGCAAAGAGUGAACUGUCUGGUCCUGCCCUGGUGUUCCUCUACGGCUAGUGUCCAGCCGUCAGCUGUGCUAUCAGCAAAUUUGACCCGCCAUCGGAGGGCCUCCUGCCACCUCAACAUGCCGGUGCUUGGCGGUCGGAAUAAUAAUAUUUUACAGGGCUCAGGGGUCUGCACUUUGAAGCUCCUGGAGCGGACAAAUAUAUGUGUAUUUGCCUGAAUGAUGGAAAUAAACACAAAAUGCUAUUUUACAGGACAUGACUGAUAUAGGUGUAUUUUCACAGCUUUUUGAAAAUACACCAAAUGUGAUUUUGCAGGGCAACACGAAGCUCAUUUUACCCAUGUGAUGUUGUGCAGUACAUUACGGAGCUCUCGUUUAACCACAUGGCGUACCAGGGGCACUAAGGGGCACUAAGGUCUUACUUGGAUGUCCUUAUGUGUUUAGUCAGAGUGAGAGUGCUUGAGUUUGGGUACACAUCUUUGCCAGACGCACCCACCCGUGGAAAGACAAAAUAUGACAAAACAGUUAAAGUGUGAACCUCCAGCACGGGGGGGGGGGGUGGUGCAUAAAAUCCUCCACAGGAGGGUGGGUGGUGCUGUGAAGAAGGCCGAAUAUUGAUGCUGGUGUGCGGACAGUACAGCACCACAAAAUCCACCACCUUUAAGUAUAACCAGGGGCACGAGGUUAUGGAGGGUGUGAACAUCUGUGUUUAGUCCGUGGUGGAGUGCUUAAGUCCGGGGGCCCGGGGUCUCACGGUGCGAGGUUAUGGAGGUUAUUCGAAAUUCUCGAAAAAACGGCUAAGUGCCAACGGAGGAGGGGCUCACAAAAGCUCAAGUCUUCGGCGCUUCCGGCGGAAGCCCCGGAGCCAUUUGCACUCCCCCGUUUCAUUUUACAACGGAGAGGGGAAUCGAGACCUCCCUUCCUCCGUCCAAAAAAUUCAUUCAUCUUUUCCAAGCUACCAUCUGCACGAAAUCGGAAACCCGGUUUUUGAGAGCACUUAGAAAAAAACGGGCUAUUUCACAUGAUGGGGAAAUCAUGGAGGAAUGCAUCCGCUGCAUGAGCACUUUGGAUCGGAUACAAUUGUUGCCUGGACAGAGACCAUGUUGAGCUGUCCCGGGAGGAAAUAUAUGUGGUUGUAAAUAAACUAAAAAUGACAGUGGCAACGAAGGAGCUUCAUGAAGUCAGAUUGACAAACCCCACAGUAGCAAUGAUUACCUCUUGGGAUGUGGACACUGUGGGUGAUGAGGUCCUGUCACAACCUCCACCCUUGUCCCCAGUGAUUGAAUGUGACAACCCGGACUGUAAGGAAUGGAGGAUGGAGGCAAACACAAUGAGGCCUCAGAGGGACAGAUAUGCUGCUGAGGUGAAAUCCCUGCGUUGCAAGCUGCAGCAGAGGAUAAAACAUAAGCGACAGAGGAGGAACCAGAGGGCCGAGGACAUGCUUGGGUUCGAUGAAGAGGAUGGGGAGGAACAAGAGCGGGUGUUUCUAAGGAAACGACCCCGAACAGAGUCAACACCAAAGAGGCUGUCCAAGUCCAAAGGUCCCUCCUGCAGCAAGUCCCCCAUUCCCUCCUGCAGCAAGUCCCCCAUUGCCUCUCACACACCUGUAUCCAGCUCCUCAGAACCUGCAUCCAUAGAUACAGAGGCCUCGUCAUCCUCCCCUCCCAUACAUUCCCCCUGGUUCAGCGGCAGGGGCCGGGGGAAUAUAAUGCGGGACAUAACUUUCCCACGCAUCAUGGAGGAGUAUCUGCAAGGCUACCGGGACCAUUAUGAGGGCAUCGACCCAACAGUGAGGCUCCAAGAAAACGCAGUCUCCAAAAUAAGCAGAGUGAAAUCGUUCCUAAGCUUCAUGGCACACGGUUUCAAUCGCCUGUCUGACUGGCUCUUUCUGAGGGAUCUGAAGAGGAUACGUGGCUGGUCCCGGAGCCUGAUAAAGUCAAGCCUACAGGUCACGACCUCUGAAUUCUAUAUCAAAAAUAUAUCACACUUUCUCAAGUACAUGGCAGACACACCAUGCAAGGGGAGCAGGCUCAACCAAAAUGACAAGAUUGUAAUCAAACGGGAAGUUAUUGCCAUCCUGAAGUCCCUGAGGAAGAAGGUGCUUAUCCACCAGAUGCAGGUGAAGCGGGACAAGAUGGAAGGUCUGCCGAGUCAUAAAGACAUCAUGGCAUGUUUGACUGCGGCCAAAACUCGCAUCCCUCAGCUCCUGGACGUGAUGGCCAGCAAUCCGACUACCGCAAACCGGAUAUUGCUCUAUGGGUACAUGACCCUCCAUUGGAGCUGCAUUUAUGGCCACCGUCCGGGGGUCUACUCCAACAUGACCAAUGCCAAGGUCCGGAAGGCGGAGACAAGUGGCACUGCCUUUGGCUACCUCAUUCACGUAAGCAACCACAAGACGGCCAACGCAUUCGGGGAAGCGCAGCUGUACCUCACCAUAGAAUAAUUUGGAUGGAUGAAGAGGUGGCUGGAAAUCAAGGAGACGCUGACCUGCACCCAGAACCGCUACUUCCUAUACACAGUGGGGAAGAACGCGUCGAGGAACCUUGCCUCCGCCCUGAGGUUGGCAUGGGCUGAUGUGGGACUAAAAGGUCCCAUUAACUUCACCGACCUCCGCACAGUCCACGCAGAUAAUGCGAAGAGGUUUCAGGACAUAGGCAACCGCCAAAGAGUGAGUGAUUUCAUGUGUCACAACACUGCAACUCCAGAAACAUGUUAUGCCAAGAAUCCUUCUUUGAAGGAGGCUGCGGACAUACGGCUGCUCUUCACAGAGUCACUGCAAGCAGCCGCGGCAGCAGCAACAGCAUCAGGGGGGAGUGAAGACAAUUUGGGGGACAUUGACAUCGACAUCGACAGUGACAGUGACAGCGACAGUGACAGCUCUGGAGAGGAGCAUAGCCCCACUCCCUACCAAGACUCCCCCGAUGCCGAGACGUCAGAUGAAGAAUUCUACAAAAACUUCAACGCUUGGAGAGCGGCGAAGAGGGAACAGUCAAUGGCCGAACACAGUCCCUCAGACAUGGGUGAAGAGAGGGUGCGAUACGGACAAUGUUGCCAGUGACCAACUUGUAAAUAUGCAAUGUUUUGUUGGAUCCGGCUAAGGUUAAUGAUGUCUCUGAAUGGCCUGUCCCUGCCAACCGCAAGCAAGUGCAGCGUUUUUUAGGGUUCGCCAACUUCUAUAGGCGAUUCAUAAGAAACUUUAGCACUGUUGCUGCUCCAUUGCAUGCACUAACCUCCCCAAACACAAGGUUUCAGUGGACCUCUCAGUCGGACCAAGCCUUCCAGAGGCUCAAGAAGGCCUUCACCACGGCCCCUAUACUGACCCUCCCGGACCCACGUCUGCAGUUUGUGGUGGAGGUGGACGCUUCAGACGUGGGGGUUGGUGCUCUGCUCUCCCAGCGCUCCAGAGAGGACAACAAGGUUCACCCAUGUGCUUUCCUCUCCCGGAAGCUUUCUCCUGCUGAGAGGAAUUACGAUGUGGGGAAUCGAGAGCUGUUGGCUGUUAAGGUGGCACUGGAAGAGUGGCGUCACUGGUUAGAGGGAGCUGAAGUGCCAUUUAUUGUGUGGACCGAUCACAAGAACCUGGAGUACCUGCGCACAGCGAAGAGACUCAACCCUCGUCAAGCCAGGUGGGCUCUUUUAAUCGGUUCAACUUUUCACUGUCUUAUCGUCCUGGUUCUAAAAACACUAAGCCUGAUGCUCUCUCCCGUCUCUUUGAUACGGGCUCUGACCAUUCUUCCCCCACUACCAUCCUGCCUCCCUCAUGUAUGGUGGGUGCUGUUACCUGGGCUAUUGAGGAGAGGGUCAAAGAAGAAAAAUCUUGGUAACCCAGGGCCGAAUGGUUGCCCUCAGAACAGGUUGUUUGUGCCCUCUCCUCUUUGCUCUCAGGUCAUCCACUGGGCUCAUGCGUCCCCUCUCUCCUGCCAUCCGGGGAUCAGAGUGAAGUGGGGGAGUAUGUUGCUGUCUGCCCGGUGUGUACUCAGAACAAAGUUUCUCGUCGGCCUGGUCUCCUACGUCCCCUUCCUGUACCUACUCGCCCUUGGUCGGACGUCUCUCUGGACUUUGUAACGGGUCUUCCCCUGUCCCAAGGUAACACAACCAUUUUGACCAUUGUCGACAGAUUCUCAAAGUUGGUGCAUUUUGUUCCUCUGCCCAAGUUACCCUCUGCCAAGGAAACGGCGGAGGUUGUCCUGUCCAAUGUUUUCCGGUUACAUGGCUUCCCUAAAGAUGUUGUGUCGGAUCGGGGUCCCCAGUUCGUCUCCAAGUUUUGGAAGGAGUUCUGCGCUCUCCUGGGUGCGCCGUUAGCCUCUCCUCCGGCCAUCACCCUCAGUCCAACGGACAUACCGAGCGGCUCAACCAGGAGUUAGAGACCGGUCUGCGCUGUCUCGUCUCUCAGAACCCCACUACUUGGAGUAAGAAUCUUAUCUGGGUUGAGUAUGCGCACAACACAUUGCCUUGCUCUUCUACUGGUCUUUCCCCAUUUCAGUGUGCUUAUGGCUACCAACCGCCCCUGUUUCCGUCCCUGGAGGGAGAGGUCAGGGUUCCUUCUGCCUUGGCACUGAUUCGGAGGUGCCGUUGCAUCUGGACUGGGGCUAGACAAGUGCUGCUUAGGACGUCUGCUCGGUACAAGAGGGCAGCAGACCGCCGACGGAUCCCUGCUCCCACCUAUCGUGUCGGCCAGAGAGUAUGGCUCUCCACUCAGGAUCUUCCUCUUCAAGUCGAGUCCCGUAAGUUGGCGCCUCGCUUUGUUGGUCCCUUCCCUGUCUCAAAGAUUAUUAAUCCUGUUGCUGUGAGACUCAAGCUUCCCAGGUCCAUGAGGUCACACCCAACGUUCCAUGUGGCUCGGAUCAAGCCGGUCAAAGAGAGCCCUCUGGUUCCUGCCUCCAGACCCCCACCGCCCCCCCGGUUCAUCGAUGGAGGGCCAGUUUAUUCUGUCAAGCGGCUCUUGGCGGCUCGCCGGCGGGGUCGUGGACGCCAGUAUCUGGUGGAUUGGGAGGGCUAUGGUCUUGAGGAGAGGGAAUGGGUAUCUACAAAGAACAUUGUCGACCCAGACCUCAUCCGGGAUUUCCACAGGCAUCAUCCAAACAAGCCUGGAUCGUCCGGUGCCGGUCGUUGAGGGGGGGUACUGUCACAUCCUGGCACUGGCUGAUCGCCUCACUCCCUCACCUGUGUAUUUUCGCUCCCUGUUAAUCACCUGCCUGGUCUCAAUGAGCCUCAGCUGUCCCUAUUGAUCACUCCUCACCUGUGUAUUUAGUCUGUGCUGUUUCCUUGGUCAGUGCCAGUUCGUCUUGUCUGUAUAGCAGAAGGUGCUCCAUGUUUCUCUUCUGACGUAAGCUAUUGUUCAAGCUGCUUAGCAUUUGUACCAACCUAGUUGGUUGUUUUUUUGUUGCUUCUCUAGUAGUUUUCCGCCAACUUAGUUGGUUUUCGUUACUUCAAGUCAGUACAUUUUUUGAUCAUUGCCUGUUUUAUUUUUACCUUUUGGAUUAAACGCUUGACUAAA